UUCAUUUCAGCCCACCAAAACCAAUUAAAAUAUUUCCACCACAAAAACUUACAGACGAACAAACAACACUUUUCUCAAUCAAUCGAAACUUGCAAUCUGUCUGCAUCUUUAAUCUAUUCCUCCUGUAAGUUGUUCAUCUUUUUCUUCAUCGAUUUUGCUUUCUUCUCUGUCUUUUACCUCUUUUCAACAGAUUCUUAUUCCAAUUAGAACUGUUGCCAGAUCAUAAUCUUUGCUUGAUUCUUCAACUAUUGGGGGGUUUCAGAAAAUUUGUUGAUUUAAAUCUUGGGAAAGUUUAAACAAACUGUAGAAUUCUUGAAAAGGUGUUAUCUUUUAGGGGAGAUAAGAUAAAAAUAUUUUGUAUUUGUAUGCUUUCCUGCAGCAAAAACUGACUUUGAGAUCAGUUUCUUUUCUAGAUGGGGUUUUGUUUUUAUGUUGUGUUUGGUCAUUUUUGAUGUGAUUGAACACGAUCACAUGACAUAUGAACUGGUUUUGCUUCUUUCAUAUUGUGCAAAAGACAACUCAAGUGGUGUCAAAAAGGGUUCUUUGCAAUUGGACCUGAAUUCUGUCCUAUUUGCUCUGCCCUUUGAAAUUAGACAGCAGAGGAAUAGUGUAAUUCUUGAAGGAAUUGAUUCAAAUUGGGGUUUAUAACCUUUUUCUUUCUUUCUGAUUCUUGGAUUUGAACUGGGGUUUAUAAGCUUUUCUUCCUUUCUGGUUCUUGGAAUUCAAAUUGGGGUUUAUAACCUUUUCUUCCUUUCUGGUUCUUGGAUUCAAAUUGGGUUUUGUAAACUUCUGCUCCUUUCUGAUUCUUGGAUUUGAACUGGGGUUUAUAAGCUUUUGUUCCUUUUGGUUCUUGGAUUCAAAUUGGGGUUUAUAAGCUUUUGUUCCUUUCUGGUUCUUGGAUUCAAGUUGGGGUUCAUAAGCUUUUGUUCCUUUUGUUUCUUGGAUUCAAAUUGGGCGUUAUAAGCUUUUGUUCCAUUCUGGUUCUUGGAUUCAAAUUGGGGUUUAUAAGCUUUUGUGCUUUAGGGUUCUUGGAUUUGAGCUGGAAUUUAUAGUCUUUUUGUGCUUUAGGGUUCUAGAAUUUGAGCUUGGGAUUUAUAAGCUUUUGUGCAUUUGGGUUCUUGGAUUCGUGAAAAAAGAAAAAAGAUGCAAAGAGUUAGAGUUUCAUCACAGCAAGUACCAGUACAGAAGUUAGGAGAUUCACAGAUGACAUUAUCUCCAAAAUUUAAGUUAGCCGCGAUUCAAUCUCGUCUUCUGGAUCCUUUCGUGGAAUCCGAAUUGAGUCUUAGGGGUGAACCGCUAGUCCCGGGCCUUCCUGAUGAUAUUGCCUUGAGUUGUCUUCUUAGGCUGCCGGUGGCUAGCCAUUCGGCUACCCGAGCGGUCUGCAAACGUUGGUAUCAGUUGUUUGCAAACAAAGAACGGUUCUUUACACGAAGAAAAGAAAUGGGGUUUCAAGAUCCGUGGUUAUUUGUGUUUUCGUUUCAUAAAUGUACCGGAAAGAUUCAAUGGGAUGUUCUAGAUCUUACGCACUUUUCGUGGCAUACGAUUCCGUCAAUGCCGUGCAUCGAUAAGGUUUGUCCACAUGGAUUUAGGUCGGUGUCGUUCCCAUUUGAGGGAUCGCUUUUUGUCUGUGGAGGGGUGGUGUUUGACGCCGAUUGCCCGCUUAAUUUGGUGAUGAAAUUCGAAGUUCAAAAGAAUUCUUGGACCGUGAUGCGGAAGAUGAUCACACCAAGGUCUUUUUUCGCGAGUGGGGUCAUCAAUGGGAAGAUUUACGUGGCGGGUGGCAACAGUACGGAUCUUUUUGAGCUCAAUUCGGCCGAGGUUAUGGACCCCAAAAAGGGGAUCUGGCACCCGAUUGCGAAUAUGGGCACAAAUAUGGCUUCUUAUGAUGCAGCGGUUCUUAACGGAAAACUUCUUGUGACUGAAGGGUGGUUUUGGCCGUUUUAUGUUGUGCCAAGGGGUCAGAUUUACGAUCCAAGAACCGAUAAAUGGGAAAACAUGGCUGAUGGGCUUAGAGAAGGAUGGACGGGUUCGAGUGUCGUGGUUUACGGACAUUUGUUUGUGGUAACAGAGCAUGAAAGAACAAAGCUCAAGGUUUACGAUAUGAAUAACGAUUCUUGGAAAACGGUCGAUGGGCCUCCGUUACCGGAACAGAUUUGCAAGCCGUUUUCGGUAAAUUGCUGUAAUAGUAGGAUUUACGUUGUGGGAAGAAACCUUCAUGUUGCCGUCGGUCGUAUUUUUAGUUUGAAUGGAAGUGAGAAAAACCCGAGCUUUUUAGUUCAAUGGCAAGUAAUCGAAGCACCCGAGGCGUUUGCAAACUUGACACCUUCAAGUGCGCAGGUUCUCUUUGCGUAAUGCACUCUUUCGGUUUGAUUUGGAUAUUUGUUUGGUGUUUUGUAUCAUUAUAUCGUUUUGGUUGGUUGGUGUUUAUGUGAUUAUAAUCGCGUGUUUGUAAGGUUAUACCACGUUUCUUGAAUGUUAAUGAUACUUGGGUUUAUUCGUAUUGGAGUAGAAUCGUGGAAAACGUUCGAGAA